AUGGCUUUUAUAAAUGAACCAGUAUUAAACAUAAUAGUAGUAGGUUUUCACCAUAAAAAAGGGUGCCAGGUUGAACACUGUUAUCCUGAAUUGGUACCAGGGCGACCGUCAGAACUGCCCCCUACUUGGCGAUAUUUACCAGCCUUAGCUUUACCUGAUGGUUCACAUAAUUACCUUUCUGAUACGAUAUUUUUCAAUUUACCAGAUAUUAAUGACCCCACGCGAACCGUUUAUGGUAUAUCAUGUUUUCGACAGAUUCCUGUUGAGCAAGUACUCCAAAAAACAGAAGAUAUGACAAGAAGUUCAGUGCAGAAAAGUGUCUGUGUGAUCUGCAGAGUUCCAUUAUUUGGCCGUCUGGCUGUUAAAAUGGAACUUGUAGUAAGAGCAUGGUUUUUACAAGGUGACUUCUCACAAACAAAACUAUUGGAGGAUGCUUUCCAGCACUUAAAUAGUUGUCCUGUCCAAAUUGAUCAGGCUUUGGAAGGUUUAUCAGUUCAGAAGUUAGUAGAUAACUGGAGACACAAAGCAUUAUUGUUAUUCAAAUUGUUGCUUUUGGGCCGUAAAGUUGUAAUAUAUGGAUCGCCAGCUGGGCAGUUGUCAAAAGCUUUGUUGACUGUAAUAUCUCUUAUACCUCGAUGCUUAGAAUAUGGUUUAUCCCAUUCUGCUAAUGUUGUCCUCUCACGACCACUAUCACCAGUACCAGCUAUAGAAGUCAAUGUUGAAGAGUUCAAUGCUCAGGUCGCGAGUGAUCCCAUUUUCAAUGGUAACAACCUAGAAGAGCUAUCACCAAAAGAAACAGGAAAUCUCCUUGAUGAGAAGGAUAGAGUUAGCCGUCAAAGUUUUGAUGAGACAUUACUCUCUGAAGUGGAUAGGCCAGAUCCUGGUGUAAGAGAAAAAUGUCACAGUAUCGGUGAGAAAUAUAAGCCUCAGAAGGGUCUCAGUGAAGCUCAGCAGAGCCCAACGAUGGCGAGAGACAUGAGCGUUGAUGGUCUCUAUAAUCUGACCGGGCAGAUUGAUCAAACAGAAUGUGGUUUCCCAUUACCUCUAUUUGAAGACGGAUACCUUUGUUUACCAUAUUUGUCUUUACAAUACCUAGAUCUGCUCUCUGACCCUGCAGUCCAGGGCUUUGUAGUUGGUGCUUCCAAUGUACUGUUUAAACAAAAAAGGCAGCUGUUUGAUGUUCUUGUGGAGUUGAAUGAGAUGAGAAUUGAAACAGCAGAUAUCUCUUUGAGGAGGCAGUUGACGCUUACAACGGAGGAUUUGAGGUUUGCAGACCACGUUGUCAGAUAUGGCUCUUCACAGGGUGAUUCGUGGAUACGAGACCAAUUUGCUAGCUAUUUAAUCUACCUGCUAAGGACUUCUUUAUUGCCAGAUGGGAGCAGAGAGGUAGAGUCAUAUAACUCACAAUUCAUGGCAGCCUUCAAAUCCACUCAGACUUAUGAGAAAUGGUUGAAAACGAGUAACACUACAGAUGUGGAAGCAUUCAUGAACUUGUCUCCUAUGCAUCCAUUCUCGGGACAGCUCUCUGUAGCCGAUAUGAAGUUAAAGUUUGCCCACACGAUGUCGACAACAGAGGGCGGUAGAAAAGUAACCGCAGCAGUAGCUACAACGGGUAGAGCGGUCGCGACCACUUCGAGAGCGGUUGGCGGAGCCCUAUCUCAAGCUCGUGGAGCGCUCUCUGGAUGGUGGAGCGCACUAACUACGAAUGCGCCUAUGCCACCUUGCGACUCGUCUGAUGAAAAACCCGACAGCUCCGAUGAAAAGACGGAGACCGGUAAUCUGAAAGAAGAAAAACCCCCCUCGGACGCAGAAGAUGCCCUCGAACUCCAGGACAAUAAGAGGGAGAGUCACGCGUCUUCGGAACCCCCCGACAAAGUUAUAGAAGACACCGCAACUAGCCUUAGCAAGAUACAAGUCGUUUGA